AUGGACAGUGAACGGACCCCACGACCGAAAAGGACGAAGAAGACGCUGCCGACACCUGACAGCUCGGAUCGUCAGGAUGGAUUGUCAGAAAGACAGCUCCCGAUAAUACCUCCUCCUGCACCUUCAUCGACCUGCUCGACCAACACGGACAAGACAAAGCGAAGCAAGAGUCCACAGAAACGUAUGCGUGAUGCUGAAAGUCUCUUGCUGAAGCCGGAUCUUAAACAAGUACCUCUCAAGAAGGUGCGAGACUGGGAAGUAAAAAAUCAUACCAUGGCGAAUUGGGACCUCUACAAAUCACUGCAACGUUCCAUCACAGCUGCACCCGACAAGUCUGCAUAUGAUGACUUUUUCGAGAAAGAUCUGGACAGAAUCUUCAACUACCUUGUCGAUAUGCCUGAUGGUGCUGACGAGAAUUACUGGAGCGACGACGUGGUAUUUCCUUGCUUGAGGCUGGCUGCUGAACUGACGCGACGGGCGGAAGUCCGUGCUUUUAAUGUGUAUGGUUUCAGCGCAGAUCAGGACAGCAAGAACAUCGGAAUCACGGAUCUUACCUUACUUGGGGCUUCCGACGAGAGACCCGAUACACGAAGGGUCGAUUACUGCUUCGGUGUCAGCGUGGUGGACUCGACUGAUGACGCGCAUGCUCCAAUCUUGAGGUAUGCUGACCAAUACCUCUGCCAGAGCAACCACCCUCAAGUAAACGACAAAGUUCUUUUCUCACAUCUCGAGCUGAAGACCGAUACAGACAAAAUCGAAGCAAACGCGCAGCUCAAGGUUUGGGCCAGUGCAGGCUUUGAGAAGCAAAGGCGCUUACGCCAAUCAAGGCUCGACUGUGAUCCAGCAGAGUAUACAAUGCUGCUGGCGCCUCAACCCGUUUGGGUGUGGCUGUCAAACAAGGUGGAAGUAAAAAUUGUUGUGGCAGAGUGGGAGAACGAGCACAUCUGGUUCUUGCCCGCAAAGGAUUAUGCGUUGGACAUUUACGACAAGGAGUCUCUCAGAAGUUUGGUCUCUGCCAUGAGCCGUGUGAUGCAAUGGGGAGCGACGGAAUAUCUGAACUGGUUUCGUACAGAGCUGCUCGGGAGACCGGACCUGAAUACCGAAAGAUAA